UUAUGAUAAAACGGCCAAAACCGCAAGUAAGAGCGUUAUUCAGAUCAUACAAGAUAAUUAUCCGGAAUUUUUGGCUGUGAAAUUCUUUGUUAAUGUCCCUUGGUGGGGCGACUUCAUCUUUAAGUUUAUCUCCAUGUUUUUGUCGGAAGAAACCAAAAAUAAAUUUAUCGUUGCUUCGCAAAGUAAUGUUAAGGAGUGUAUGACCGCUGCUAUCGAUGAAGGAAAUUUGCCCGUAGCUUAUGGGGGUCAGAGCAUUGUGCCAGGAUUUGAGGUCGAAGAAGUCAACGUUUAA